AUGUGCUUUCGAUAUUUGAUAGAUUUGCUAAAUUCCAUUCUCGAACUACCAACCGUAAACACGGGAACAAGAACUUCCCCUAUUACCCUGGUUGAUAGGCGUACUGCAGACGCGCAAUUGAUUGUAAACACUCUAUACCGAACAAAAGUUCAAUCAUGUCCCCCAAAAUGGGCAGAUGGAAGUGUUCGAUUUGAAACUGUAAAACAAAUCGGAGUAACCGGAGGUGAGCUGCACACAAUUCUGGAGAAAAAUGAAUUAGCAGUCUUCGAUGGAACCAAAGAGACAGGGAAAACGUCGGAUGAUUUGUUUGUGAUUCACAGAUCUUCCCAAAAAAAACCACAUCCAUUACAAAAAUCAACACAGACGGAGAGACUCUCGACAAACCGUUGCACACCUACCAAACCGCACAAAGUAUCACCAACUUCUUUCUCCGUGUACAAAUAUGAUUCAUUUGAAACGGGUAACUCGUCUGGAAAAGUUGUGUUGAUGGUCGCUGACAUGUCAGUCAACAACUUCACUUUGUCUCCAUUCAUGAUCGGAAUAGGGGACAAACGGCAGCCGAAAAUAAUGACAAACAUUUGA